GCAUGGGAUUGAGAGCGAAUCUCAAAUCUAAUCGCCAUUGCUUCUUCUGCCUGAGAAACCAGAUCUCCAUUGAUCAAAUCAGUAGAAUUUAAAAAAUGCUCUGAAAGUUUCAAUUUCUCUCUCUCUCUUCACCUUCUUCAAGCCUACAACAAAGCGUACUAUUCUUAAUCGCCAUUGCUUCUUCUACCGGAGAAACCAGAUCUCCAUUGAUCAAAUUAGUUGAAUUUAAAAAAUGCUCUGAAAAUUUCAAUCUCUCUCUCUCUAUCUCUCUCAUUUCACCUUCUUCAAGCCCACGACAAAGUGUACUUCUCUGAUUCUUCUCUCGUAGAUCUCUGUUCUCUGCCAUGGUGGUCUGCAAAUGCAGAAAGGCAACUAAGCUUUAUUGUUUUGUGCACAAAGUUCCUGUUUGUGGGGAGUGCAUCUGCUUUCCUGAGCAUCAGAUAUGUGUGGUGCGCUCCUACUCCGAAUGGGUGAUAGAUGGAGAGUAUGAUUGGCCUCCUACUUGCAGCAAAUGCCAGAGUGCAAUUGAAGAUGAUUCAAAUGCACAGACAGUUCGGUUGGGGUGCUUGCAUAUCAUUCACACAAAAUGCUUGGUGUCUCAUAUUCAAAGUUUUCCUCCUCACACAGCUCCAGCAGGAUAUGUGUGCCCUUCAUGUUCCACUCCUGUAUGGCCUCCUAAAAGCAUUAAAGACUCGGGUUCACGUCUACAUUCAAAAUUGAAGGAAGCCAUUAUUCAGAGUGGGAUGGAAAAGAACCUCUUAGGAAAUUAUUUAGUUUCAUUGCCAGCUACCGAAUAUCGCAGUCCUCCUCCUGCUUUUGCAUCAGACCCACUUGCUGCAGUCAAUGAGAAAGGUAACUCAAAUGCGUUUGAGUCCACCAGAGAUACAAGCUCGUUGUCUUCCUCUGCUAUGAAAAUGGAGAACUUGGCUGAAACCCAAUCACCUGGAACCGGUGUAGUUGAUGGAACAGUUGCAGUAUCAGAUAUUGUGGAGAUAGGUGGUCCAAGUUCAGUAGGGAAUCCUUUUACUUCAGUACAUGAAUCUAACUUCCAAAACAUGAGUCCUGGUGGGCCUGGAGCUACAACAAGAAAGGGUUCUCAUAGCAUUGAUAAAUAUUCUGAAGUUUCAUAUUAUGCGGAUGAUGAAGAUGGAAGCCACAGAAAGUACACUCGAAGGGGCCCAUUCCGACACAAGUUUCUUAGGUUUCUACUACCUUUCUGGUCAUCGGCCUUGCCAACUUUACCAGUGACUGCUCCCCCCCGGAAAGAGGGUAGAGAUGGGACAACAAAUGAUGAAGUCACAGAAGGUCGUUCAAGGCCUCCUAGGUCUUCAAGGAUGGAUCCAAGGAAACUUCUCCUCAUCAUGGCUAUAAUGGCAUGCAUGAUCACCAUGAUCAUUUUGUACUAUAGAAUUGCUCAACGAGGUUUCUUUGAGGAGGGAUCUGAAGAUGGGCAAGAGUGAGUUGUUUGAUUUACUUGUGCUGGUUUUUGCAUCAUAUUCCUUUUUUGUAGAAAUUGUCAGUCAUUACGGUUUUGUUUAUAGAAUUGCCCGUUUUUCUUGGGAGUGUGGGAUUGAAACAUAGAGAAAGACGCUGCUAUUGCUUGUUUACUUUU